AUGACGUUAUUUAUUUCUCAAAAACCUUUUGGCAUCCGUGGCAAUCAUUUAAAUAAUGAUCUUUCUUUUCUUGCAGUAUUGUCUGUAUCGAUUGUGAAACGGCAAGUUGAUGGUCAGAAUGAUGCUGAACUGUGCAAGAAUCGAUCUCCGACGGAGUAUUUUCGUUUGACAUCAGACGACGACUGCAGAGAUGUGGUCAGGUGUUCGGUACAGGGGCUGCUCGCCCUGAGGUGCCCCUCUGGUCUGGCAUUCGAUAUCGAAAAGCAGACCUGCGACUGGAAGAACAACGUCAAGAACUGCGAACAGCUGGAAAAGCCUCGUCUAGCAACACCACUGUUGGCGACAGACGAACCUUUAUGCGACACUGGCAAGCUGGCCUGUGGGAACGGCGAUUGUAUUGAAAAGGAAUUGUUCUGCAACGGACUGCCCGACUGCAGUGAUGGUUCAGAUGAAAAUGCUUGCACUGUGGAUCGCGACCCCAACAGAGCUCCCCCGUGCGACCAGACGCAGUGCGUGCUCCCGGAUUGCUAUUGCUCCCCUGAUGGCACCCAGAUCCCGGGACGACUGGAGCCGAACACGGUGCCCCAGAUGAUCACGAUCACUUUCGACGACGCCGUCAACAACAACAACAUCAUCGUGUACGAGAAGAUGUUCCGAGAUGGAAGGAAUAACCCCAACGGCUGUUCAGCAAAGGGAACCUUCUUCGUUUCUCACAAAUACACAAACUACUCGGCCGUGCAGGAACUGCACAGGAAGGGUCAUGAGAUAGCAGCACACUCUAUCACGCAUCGAAACAUCGAGAAAUAUUGGACAGAUGCCAGCCUGGACACUUGGGCCAAAGAGAUGGCCGGAGUAAGACUGAUCCUGGAACGCUUUGGAAACAUCACUGACAACUCCAUCGUAGGCGUAAGGUCACCAUACUUAAGGGUCGGUGGCAAUGCGCAGUUCUCCAUGAUGGAAGAACAGGCCUUCCUGUACGACUCCACCCUCACUGCACCACUCUCCAACCCCCCACUGUGGCCAUACACCCUCUACUUCAGAAUGCCACACAAGUGCCAUGGAAAUGGACAGAACUGUCCCACUAGGUCACACGCUGUAUGGGAAAUGGUGAUGAACGAGUUGGACAGGAGAGACGAUCCUAACUUCGACGAGGAGCUUGCAGGAUGCGCCAUGGUGGACAGUUGCUCCAACAUCAUCUCUGGAGAGCAAUUCUACAACUUCCUCAACCACAACUUCGACAGACACUACAAGACUAAUCGUGCUCCUCUUGGUCUAUACUUCCACGCUGGAUGGCUUAGACUCAACCCCGACUACUUGGCAGCCCUGGUACAGUGGAUGGACGAAGUACUGGGUAAGAAUGACGUAUACUUCGUCACCAUGACGCAAGUGUUGCAGUGGAUGCAGUCCCCCACUGAGCUGUCAUCUAUCCGGGACUUCGCUCCCUGGAAAGAAAAGUGCGAUGUCAAGGGACAACCCUUCUGUUCCCUGCCAAAUGCUUGUCCUCUCACCACCAGAGAGCUUCCAGGAGAAACCAUUCGACUCCAUACCUGCAUAGAAUGCCCCCAAAACUAUCCAUGGAUCGAAGACCCCACAGGAGAUUUCUACGCCUUUAAGAAGAAGUAAAGGUGGUGUGAUGUCGAAUCAUGACGUUCGAACACAAACUGGAGCGAGCAUUGCGUCACCAUUCCUGAAGACUUAGCCCCCAUGUCAAGAACAUGCAAAGUUAAACUACGUAAUUUUCACCUGAUAAUAAAUCCAUGCUUCAAUAACAAAAAAAAAAAAAAAAAAGUCAUCGAAAACUAAAUGGCCAUAAAUAGGCCAUUUAGUUUUCGAUGAUAUAUUUAUGCUGACGACGAGGGCGAAUAGAGAAGGGAGUGACAUAGGGGACACGACUCCCUCUUUCUUAACCAAUCAGAUAUAUAUUCAGUAAAUUGAAUUUUGGAUAUUUUAUUCUAACCAAUUCGUCCCAGACCACCUAUUUGUGCUCAAAAAUUGUCUUUGCCCUUCUCUUUCCAAUAAUGACACUCCCUCCACUCUCAAACCAGAAGUUGCGUCCACUCUUGGCAGACGAACAUACACAGAACAAAUCAUUUUGAGCAAAUACAGUGAAAUCCCGUUACAACGAAUACCAAUACAACGAAAUUUCCGUUUCAACGAAAUAAAAUUUCAGUCCCGAUUUAAUUCCCAGUACGUUGUUUGAAUUCCAUUAUAACGAAAUUCCCGUUACAACGAACAAAAUUUGCGGUCCCUUGAAGUUCGUUGUAACGGGAUUUCACUGCUGAAAGCCUGAUUUAGAUAAUUCUUAAAUAAGAUCUGAUUUAGAUAAUUCUUCACUAUAGUCAUGCAAUCUGUUAAUGACUGAGAAACGGUCGUAUUGACCAGUCAAAUCAAGCUUCCAUUAGCCACCUGAACCGCCAAAUUCAGCUUCUUAUACCCGCAUUUACCAGCCGUGUUGAACUUCAGUCAUACACUCAAUCGUUCGAGGUCUUUUGAUUGGAUAAAAAAGGCUUUGAUCGACGAUUUAACUGGGCUGGUGAAUAGGAUCGUUGUUGGUAGAAGACUUCGAUCAUCGGUUCGGGGGAGUGUCUGAAGAAGGGUUGAAUCGGCUGAUGAAUAAGGCCGUAAAUGAAACCUUAAUUAUUUGUUCCUAAAAUGCAACUUAAAAAAAAUACUUGACUGAAUAUAGAUUUAAAAAAAAAGACUAAUCAAAUACACAAACGCAAUAAGUUAAGAUAUAUUUUCACGUGAUAAUCAGAUGAAAAAUAUGUAUUGACAUUAUUGUUAGUAUGACGAUAUGUUCGCUCCAACUUUGUAAGUUCAAUGCAAAGAACCGUGGUUCACUUAAAGAAUGGCGGCUCCACCAUAAAAUGGACACAAGUGAUUCUUGAGAUUCAAAAACCGAUGACUCUUCAAACGUUAUACUCACUGAAUUCUAAAAAUGAUUCUUCCAAAGACAAAUUAAAAACAAUCACAACUUAAAUUUUUUUUUGAGCUUUCUGAAUAAUUUUUAAAUUGGUACACUUCAAUAUAAAUUUAUUUUAAUAACCAAAAAAUUUAAAGCGUCAAUGAUUUAAAUGCGCGCACUCAAAGCAAUAUUUCUUCAUUUACAUUUUUUUCAAAUUCUUUAAAUUGAACAUAAAAUGCACUAGGAAGAGAAAAUAUAUUCUCAAUGAAUAAUUUAUCAGAGUGUGUAAGGUAUGCUUAAUAUAAUACCGCAAACAAGAUCUCAAGCAAGAUAUAGCCAAAAAUUAUUUUGUAAGUAAAUGGUUAUACCCUUUGCAUAACUAUUUCAUUGGUAAAUUAUUUGUACCAUAAAACAUUUCUCAUUAGCAGUUUUAUACAUACAUAAACAAUUCAUUUAAUGAUUACUAACUUUUUGUAGUUAUUACGUUCAAGCAUAUAAACUUCAAAAUUAUUUAUUCAAUGCAAUUUAAAUACUGAAAAACUUACGUUUUGUACAAAAACAUUCAUUCUACACAUAUUACUUUUAGUACAAAAACAUUACUAGACAGCAGUCGUUUCUCAAUUGAAUUAUUUAUUGGGGACAUAAAACCAAAAUGUGCUUUUACACUACUACACUUCAUUUUUCUCUUGAUAUUUUAUCGAAAGCAUGCACUUUUUUGCUAGUAAAAGUAAAAUUUUUUGCGGAUGUAUCUUUUCAGGUAUCCUAAAUACUGAAAUAAGAUCAUCAAACAAACAUGUAGCUGAUGCUGUGAUCAAUCUAAUUUAGCUAAAUUUUAGUCGCAGGCAUUUUUUUUAGUCCAGGAACUUUAACACCACAGAAAACAUUCGAAUUAUAGAAAUGGUGAACCCAAGACCAAUCAAAAUCGAUGAUACAUUGUUCACGUGAUAGAAUCUGGAGCGUAUUUCAUCCAAUCAUCGAUGUUAUUGCAGUGAUAAUAGUUUAGGUAGUUAUUGAUGCAAAACUCCUCAUGCACGUUAACAUAAUAAACACAUCGUCGUGCAUUCCAAGUUUUUGCAGACUUUUAUCCACGGCCUCUGUACAUAUGUUACGAUGAAGGUUCCUAAAAUGAGUGAAUAUUUUUUGUAAGUUGUGACUAAUAAUGUGCUGCAAUAAAAUGUACCUUUUGUUUUGUAAAAUGCCUUUUGUUUUACUUUAUCUAAACAACACGAUUUGAUGUUUUAAAGACUCAGGCUAAACUGCAAAAAUCCAAGGGCUUAAAAAGAGAGAAAAAGAAA